CGGAAGUGCAGCAGAGAGCGUUGCUGCAUGUUUUAGCGGUUCAUUAUGUUUUUUAAAUCUUGACACUUUGUUCUUCAUAGUAAACAAAUCAAUUGCGCUGGAAAUAAGAAAGCGUUUGGAACGGUGGAGAGGAAGAUCGGGAUGUGAAUUCAUGCGGAUGUUAAGUGUUCAUGGAUGAUUUGUUUGUUCUUUAAGGACAGACAGGUCUGUGCUCCCAGUAGUUCCACAGCAUGCCUCUGUCAGACUUUGUGGACGGCCUGAAGGACAACCCUUACUUUGGGGCGGGUUUUGGACUGGUGGGAGUUGGGACUGCCUUGGCUCUGGCCAGGAAAGGAGCCCAGGUGGGAAUGAUUUUCUUCCGCAGACACUACAUGAUCACUCUGGAGGUCCCCAGCAAGGACAAGAGCUACCACUGGCUGCUGAGCUGGAUCACAAGGCACGCCAAGCACACCCAGCACCUGAGCGUGGAGACCUCAUACCAGGCCCAUGAAAGUGGACGGGUCCACACCCAGUUUGACUUCCACCCGAGUCCUGGCAACCACUUAAUUUGGUAUGGGAGGAAGUGGAUCAGGGUGGAAAGGACCAGAGAAAAGCAGAUGAUAGAUCUCCACACUGGAACACCGUGGGAGUCGGUUACCUUUACCGCUCUGGGCAGAGAUCGCCGAAUCUUCUUCAAUAUCUUACAAGAAGCAAGAGAGCUGGCCCUGAAGCAGGAAGAGGGCCGGACGGUGAUGUACACAGCCAUGGGUGCAGAGUGGAGGCCUUUUGGAUUUCCACGGCGGCGCAGGCCCCUGAGCUCUGUGGUGUUGGAGGCAGGCGUGGCUGACAGGAUCGUAGAUGAUGUCAAGGAGUUCAUCGGAAAUCCAAAAUGGUACACAAACAGAGGCAUCCCCUACAGAAGAGGAUACCUCCUCUACGGACCUCCAGGCUGUGGAAAGAGCAGCUUUAUAACUGCGCUGGCUGGUGACCUGGGCUACAGCAUCUGUCUGAUGAGUCUGAGCGACCGGAGCCUGUCAGAUGACCGUCUGAACCACCUGCUGAGUGUGGCGCCGCAACAGAGCAUCAUACUGUUGGAGGAUGUAGACGCAGCCUUUGUCAGCCGAGAACUGCUUCCGACUGAGAAUCCUUUGGCCUACCAGGGGAUGGGAAGACUGACCUUCAGUGGACUGCUUAAUUCUCUGGAUGGUGUGGCUUCAUCUGAGGCCAGAAUAGUGUUCAUGACCACUAACUUCAUUGACAGGUUGGAUGCAGCGCUGAUCCGGCCCGGCCGUGUGGAUCUGAAGCAGUAUAUUGGACAUUGCUCCCACUGGCAGCUCACUCAGAUGUUCCAGCGCUUCUACCCCGAUGAGCCCGCCUCUGAGGGACAGCGCUUUGCAGAGCAGGCUUUGGCAGCCCAUUCUGAGAUCAGCGCGGCCCAGGUGCAAGGACACUUUUUGCUUCAUAAAACAGAUCCAGCAGCAUCUAUAGAGAAUGUUGCCAAACUGAAAGAAUGAGACGACUGGAAGGUGUUUGCAAGAUGUCUAAUAAAUAUAUAAAGGGCUUAAACACUGUGGUGGUGUUCUUAUAGACACGUGAAAAGAACUACACUGAAACACCUUUGAGCAAGGCACUCCUUGGCAUUACAGUGGAGUCGUUCAAUGAGCAGCCAUGCAGACUUGUGGAAUCCAAGUAUCUCGGCCCAUAAAUAUUUCAACAUUGA